AUGCCACGUUCCAGGACGAGUUUGGCCAGACCGCCACUAGGGGGCGCCACAUGGCGGCGUGAGAGGAAGGUCUCUCCCAGACUGAGUCUGCAGGUCCCUCCCAGACUGAGUCUGCAGGGGGUGACGGGGGUGUCGGGGGUCCUCAUGGAGCUGGGGGUCAGAGACGACUGGGAGCUGGACACACAAUGGUUUAGAUGUGACAUCACUGUACCUGUGGGUCAGGUGGGUGGUGUCACUGGGGUGUACCUGUGGGUCAGGUGGGUGGUGUCACUGGGGUGUACCUGUGGGUCAGGUGGGUGGUGUCACUGGGGUGUACCUGUGGGUCAGGUGGGUGGUGUCACUGGGGUGUACCUGUGGGUCAGGUGGGUGGUGUCACUGGGGUGUACCUGUGGGUCAGGUGGGUGGUGUCACUGGGGUGUACCUGUGGGUCAGGUGGGUGGUGUCACUGGGGUGUACCUGUGGGUCAGGUGGGUGGUGUCACUGGGGUGUACCUGUGGGUCAGGUGGGUGGUGUCACUGGGGUGUACCUGUGGGUCAGGUGGGUGGUGUCACUGGGGUGUACCUGUGGGUCAGGUGGGUGGUGUCACUGGGGUGUACCUGUGGGUCAGGUGGGUGGUGUCACUGGGGUGUACCUGUGGGUCAGGUGGGUGGUGUCACUGGGGUGUACCUGUGGGUCAGGUGGGUGGUGUCACUGGGGUGUACCUGUGGGUCAGGUGGGUGGUGUCACUGGGGUGUACCUGUGGGUCAGGUGGGUGGUGUCACUGGGGUGUACCUGUGGGUCAGGUGGGUGGUGUCACUGGGGUGUACCUGUGGGUCAGGUGGGUGGUGUCACUGGGGUGUACCUGUGGGUCAGGUGGGUGGUGUCACUGGGGUGUACCUGUGGGUCAGGUGGGUGGUGUCACUGGGGUGUACCUGUGGGUCAGGUGGGUGGUGUCACUGGGGUGUACCUGUGGGUCAGGUGGGUGGUGUCACUGGGGUGUACCUGUGGGUCAGGUGGGUGGUGUCACUGGGGUGUACCUGUGGGUCAGGUGGGUGGUGUCACUGGGGUGUACCUGUGGGUCAGGUGGGUGGUGUCACUGGGGUGCAGGAUCCUGCAGGUGGUGUAGGUGAAGGUGGAGAAGGUGGAGCUCUGACACUUCCCAGGGUUUUGCACUGA